GGGCGCGUCGCUCACAACAGGAAAGAGUUGUGGAAACACCUGAGGGAUGAAGUUGGUCUCCGCGGGCGGACGCUGCUCUCCGCUCCCCGAGACUAAACAACCGUCGGCGGGGUUCACUCACUACGUUUCUCUGGUGUCGGAGGCCCGAGGCUCGGCUCCGCCGCCGCCGCCGCCGCGGCAGCAGUGCCAGAGAGCUGACCGAGAGUGGACGAGGCGGAAGGGGGCCAGGCUAGCUGGUUAGCAAGCUGAGCGAACACCCAUAAAGUUGGAUAAAGUUGGCGUCAGUUUGGUGUUUGAGGCUGCGCGAGACCCGAGCCUGGAGGCGUUAGCGUCUCUAGUUAGCGUUGCUGGUUAUCGUGUCUGUUAAACUGCCAUGUUAUGUUAAAGAAACAUUUUAGCACACUGGUUAUCCCGUUAUUAUAUUAAAGUGCGUAUAACAUGUUAGUUAUCGUAGUCGGUUACAUUUCGUAUUAAUAUGUAGCCUGGCUGUUAUACGGUUAUGUCAGUUUGUUAGUUAGCAUGCUAGUUAGCAUCGCUCUGCGCUGUGAAAAAGCCAGGUUUAUUAUUCUCUCAUUCAGACUGUUGUUUUACGACAGCGGCGGACACUUUGUCUCAUUUUAACACCGGACCGUGAGCCGGUGACUUCCCCGUUAACUGUCUCACGUGGAGGAUCGGCGGAACUAACUUUGGUUUGUCCCGGUGUUACACGGGACAGCUGCGGGCCGGGCCGUUAUUUUACGACAGCCGGAAAACAAACUGCUGGUUUGUUUGUGGUCAGACUGAUCCAGAGAGCUGUUGGCUACACAACAACAUCAUCAACAACAACAACAACAACACAGACUACAGAAGAAGAACAGAGAUCAUGGAGGACCUGUGAGUGUGACGUAAUUAAACUACAGGAAGAGACGACCAACACACACAGACAUGAAUGACAUGGACCCGUCCAUCACCCUGUGGCAGUUCUUGCUCCACCUGCUGGAGGACCAGCGUCAAAGUCACCUGAUCUCGUGGACGGGUGAAGAUGGAGAGUUUAAGCUGCUGGACGCUGAGGAAGUGGCUCGACUGUGGGGACUACGCAAGAACAAGCACAACAUGAACUACAACAAGCUGAGCCGAGCCCUGAGAUACUACUACGACAAGAACAUCAUAAAGAAGGUGAGCGGUCAGAACUUUGUUUAUAAGUUUGUCAGUCAGCCUGACCCUUCACUGCCUGAAGAGACUGAUGCUCCGAAGAACGACAAUGUUGACGCUGGCAACCAAUCAAAAUGCCCCGGGGGCGUGUCGCCAGCCUGUCCGUCAAAGACCUUACCUCAGCGCUCGUCGCCCAAAAGUUCCAGAAAUGACUACAUGAGAUCCGGCCUCUACUCCACCUUCACCAUCCACUCACUGCAGGCCACGCCCAGCCCCCGGCCAAUUAGAACAGAGCUGCAGCAGGAGCCCGCCCCCAAGCUCGACCGCAUACCCCGAGAGGUCUCUGUACUGCCAGGGUCUAAAUCAUCAUCAGUAGGUGCUGCUGUAGACUCUUCUCUCCAGGUGAUGGUCACUCAGUCCUCUCCGUGUCCAACUCCGGUGCUCAGUCCUGAAAUUCCGGCCAAUGCCAGCAGCCAAUCACAGAAUCCUCCUGUGAGUGACCCUCCUCAGAUCUAUCUCACCAGUGUCGGGGAUCCCUCCUCCCUCACCCCCCUCAUCCCCCUGCAGGCUCCUGUGGGGGACUCACUGACCCCCCCACAGGAGCCUGCUUCUCACCCGAACCACCCCCCGCAAGUCUUUGUCAUCUUCAACCCCCCUGCCAACCAGCAGCAGCAGCAGGUGGCUAUGACUGCUGCUCCUCCUCCCUCUGUGGCUCCGCCUCCCACUGUUCGUCCCUCCAUUGUUAUCAAGGAGGAGAACCUGCCGUCAGAGGAGGAGCUGCUGGAAAUGGUUUCUCUGGAGGAGAAGCAGGUGGACGAGAAUCCUCCUGUUCCGGCUCCUCCUACUCUGAACGACCCUCCUCACAUCUAUCUCACCAGUGUCGGGGAUCCCUCCUCCCUCACCCCUCUCAUCCCUCUGGGCGGGUCAGCAAGCUCCACCCCUCCACUUCCUGCCUCCGUUGGCAUGAACACGCCACAGCAGGAUGAUUGUGUUGAAGACACUCAAUUCCCUCCUCACCCUCACACUGCUCCGACUCACCCGACCCCACAGGUCUUUGUCAUCAUUAACCCUCCUACCCCCCAGCAGCAGCAGGUGGCUGCUCCUCCUCCCUCUGUGGCCACGCCUCCCACCGUCCGUCCCUCCAUCAUCAUCAAGGAGGAGAACCUUCCGUCAGAGGAGGAGCUGCUGGAGAUGGUUUCUCUGGAGGAGAAGCAGGUAGACGAGGUUCCUCAGUUGAUCUGUGACUCGGGCGACUCACAGCCCCCCCUCACCAUUGUAGAAACCCCGCCCCCUUCCUGCUUGCAGCCCGGGGUCAGAGGUCAGCAGGCCACAGGGGAGGGCGUAGUGGAGAUGGAGAGGAAGGACACACUGACAGAUCCCUCUGUUACUGUGGUGAUCGCCUCCUCCUCUCUCACCUCCUCUUCCUCUUCCUCCUCCUCCUCUCUCUCCUCCUCCUCCUCCUCUCUCUACUCCUCCUGGACAGUAACCCCUCCUGUGACCUCCGCCUCAGACGUUGCCCCUCCAAAACCAAAGAAACCUCGAGGGCUGGAGCUGCCUUCCUCGCCCUCCCUCCCCCCCGGCCUCUCUCUGGAUAAGGUGAACGCAGCCGUGAACAGUCUGCUCGCUCCAACCACCAACACACUGACGCCGACCGUCAUCACGUCACACGCUCUGACUCCGGUCCUGUUGACCCCCAGUCCUCUUCCCUCCACCAUCCACUUCUGGAGCACGCUCAGUCCCAUCGCUCCUCGCUCUCCGGCCAAACUCUCGUUCCAGUUUCCGUCUAACGGCAGCAGUAAUAAUCAGAUCCACAUUCCAGCUCUGAGCGUUGACGGUCUGUCCACUCCCGUCGUCCUCUCUCCUGGUCCUCACAAACCCUGAGCUCGCUCCUCACUCCUCGCUCUUCUAUCAGGUCAGGACUCACCUGACUGUCUCCCCCUGGAGGCCCGGAGGACAACUGCACCUGGACAGCCACUGACACACUCCAGGAACAGGAAGUGUGGCGCUCAGACAGGAACUUGUUGAAGGCCUUGUUCCCUCAGCGUGAGUGCUGUGGUGAGCACUGCUCGUCAUAUGAACGAGGGAUUCUUCUUCUUUUUUUCUGUGGACUGUCAAUGAUAUGAGAACGUUAACGUCUGAGGGACGACGUGAUUUUUUUUUUUUCAUGUUUUCAGGAGGGUGAUCCAUGUCAAAGUGGGCGUGUUUGAUUUUCACACCCUGCCAUCGUCUCUGCUGGUUUCCUUCACAAACGUGAUUUUUCCUGGCCACGCCCCCUCACAUGUAUGCAUGUCCUGUUAUUGGACUGAUGUCCUCAGCAUGACUUUGAACGGACCAAGCACAGAGCAGAGACGAUGAUGAUGAUGAUGAUGAUGAUAAAGAUCAUCAGAGUCAUUUCUCUUUAAAGUGUUUGGAUGUUUGUUUUCUGACAUGUGGUCAUGUGACUCCUGGUGAGUGAAUCUUUUUGAUGACGACGACGGUCGUUUUCCUCGGGCAGCUCUGAUUGGUCCAUAUUUUUCCUGAACGCUUUGUUGGCGACCUGCAGUGAUGAUGUCACAGACAAAGGUGUAAUGACGUGCUGGCAGUGCAGGGGGCGCUGACGAGGUCACACAUGAUUUGUUGUUGAUACAAAUGUAGAAACAUUGUAUGUUUACGUUGUUGAUGAAUAUUUAGCUGCUACAUUAGCCAGCAGCCGUGAUAUUAGCUAGAUGAGGAUUUUUUUUUUAGCUUCGAAGGUCGUGACCUUACGUCCCAGUUAGAAAACAAGUGUUUAUCAUAUAUUUUACUUAUGAUCUAUAAUCAGUAAUAUUUUAAAAAAUUAAAUUGUGGCUGUUUUUGUAGAUGUAAAUACUUAGCAUUAGCUCCUCUUUAGCUUCAGUCAGCGAGGAUGUGCUUGUCACUGAGAGCUCGUCACUGAUAGCCGUUAGCACCCCCUCUGCAUGAAACAAAGCACUUUUUAGUACAUUGACAUUUACAGGGAGACUCUCCGUGGGCGGGGCUCCCUGCAGCACAGAUGCAUUGUGGGUCACGUGUAAAUGUGUGGCUACAUUGAAAACUGCAGGGGGAAAAAUCAGCUGCAAAACUUAAAAAGUUUUAUUUAAAAAAAAAUUUAUCAAAGUGAAAAGUGAUAAUCACGACUUCUUUACGACUGUUGUUGUUUGUGAUGCUAACUGCUAGCACUGUUGUUACCACGCUAACCUUACCUGACUGUUGCUGUUAUUGUUGCUGAUGCUCCUCGUGGUGGCGCUGUUUACAUGUUUAUCUAUGCUUCUGUGUGUGUGACCACCAGUCUGUAACACACACACACAGGUGUUGAGUGUCAGGACGUGAGUGAAGCUCGUGAAUCAGCUGACUGUGACUGACUGAUGUGGAGUGAGUAAAUAUAACGGUGACGAUCAUGAUGUCACAGGUGUGUGUGUGACCUGCAGUCAGCGUUGAGCGUCACUUCCUGUCCUGACCUCUGACUGUUUGACAGCAUGAAUCUAUUUUUAUAUCAGAGAAAUGUUUCUUCUAUUUUGUCGAUAAAGUUUUGACGUCGCCGCCAUGGAAACAGACGCUGCAUGAUGAUCAAUAAGCCAUGAAUGGUUUCUCUCACCAGCACAACUCCACCCAUGUUGUUUUUAUACGGAUCAGCUGCAGCCGUGAAUUCUGGGUAAUUCUGGGUCACGUGACACGUGUAUUGAUAAGCGAUCGAUAUCAUAUGAUCGGUGUGUCUGUUUCUUGAUCUUUUUAUUCGUUCACUCAUUGCAGUGACUGUUACCGUGAAAACGGUGCUUGACUUCUGGCUCCUCCCACAGCCUUGCUGUCUGAGCAUGAGUGUGAGGGGGCGUGUCAUCAGCUGCUGGAGCCCUGCUUGGAUGAUUAUCACGGGAUGUGUCGUUGACCUUUUGUCUGGUCAUACUGAGCGAGUGUCCCAUGAUGCUUUGCAGCAGGAUGAAGUCACACAGGAAGUGACUGUACAUAUUUGAAUCUUUAUUCUAGACUGACGUGUUCGUCAUGUUGGGCUUUUUUUCUGUGGUGCGUCGUUGCUGUCAGAUCCUGCGUGGCUCCGCCCCUCCUCACCAGUGAUUGGCUGAGGAGUUUAUUGUGUAAAGGGGCGGGGUCUGCUGUUAUUUUUCUGAGACGCAGCUCCACGUGUCCACGUGUUUACUGGAAAAUGUCAAACGUAACUAUUUUUCUGGACUUUGAUGUAGAUGUUCCUGUUUUUUACAAACGAAGUAAGUACGAUAAUAAAAAUUAUUUUGUUCUGAG